AUGUUUAGUUCAAGCCGCCACCUUUUCGUUGUCAUUCAUCUAGAAUAUCUUCUCCAACAAUACACAAAAUAUACACACAGAAGAAUGUCUACACAUAAUCGACCUCCAAGCUUGGAAGAACUUUUAAAUCUCAAAAGAGGUUGGGAAGGGAAAAAAAAAAGUGCUGCUUCACUAAGGCCCAAAUUUCUUACAAAAACAGAACGUGGAAAUCAUGAACAAGGAAAAUCAUUUGCGUCAAAGGCUACUAAAACACCUCCAACAAAAGGUUUUCAGAUCCAAAGUUAUCUGGAGGACGAACAUACUAUCAAAAAUACAGGAAACGUGAAUCCUGCACGUCAACCAGAUGAAGAGCCAAAAGGAAACCAUAAAUCCAAGUUUUUGUUUGAUUGGGAUGAGUCUGAAGAUACAUCAAGCGAUGUUCAACUAUUAGUCCCUGUUAAGAAGAGAAUAGUAGAUGAAUUACUAGAGAUACCUUCAAAAAGGAAAAAGAGUGAAGUUUCAGCGUAUGAUAAGAUGCAUUGGACAGAGAAACCUCUUAGUAAGAUGACAGACAGAGAUUGGAGAAUUAUGAAAGAAGACUACGAUAUCGUGAUUAAAGGAAAAUCUAACGUUAUUCUCUUAAGGAAUUGGAAAGAAGGGGACUUUCCCGAAGCUGUGAAAAAGAACAUAUUGAGCAGCUUAAACUAUAAAGAUCCUACUCCGAUACAAAGAGCAUCCAUUCCUCUGGCGAUCUCUGGUUCCGACGUCAUUGGUAUUGCCGAAACUGGUUCCGGUAAAACACUUGCUUUUUUGAUACCCACGCUUUGCUACAUCUCAAAACUUCCCCCAGUGAGAGCCUUUGGAAGUCCAUACGUACUCAUCGUUGUCCCCACUAGAGAACUAGCCCAGCAAAUUGAAAUAGAGUAUCAAAAAUUCCUACAAAACAUGCAAUUUCUUGUUGCCUCGAUUGUGGGUGGGCAUACCUAUGAUGAGAACAUAACUAAACUUGAAAAAGGCGCUGAAAUUCUUAUUGGUACACCAGGUAGAUUGUUAGAUGUUUUGGAACAGAAGAUCAUUAAUUUGAAUGACUGUUACUUUUUAGUAGCCGAUGAAGCAGACCGAACAAUGGAUAUGGGGUUCGAAAAGCAGUUGAAUAGAAUUUUUGAGCAAUUACCUCCUGGUGAAAAGAAUCCGUUUAAUAUCGGCAGCGGAGAACGGAAAAGGACGACGUUAAUGUUCACAGCCACAAUGCCCCCUGGUGUUGAGAAAAUUAUUUCAAAUCAUAUGGUGAACCCCGCAAUAGUUACUGUAGGAGAGGCCAACAAUGUGGUAGAACGUAUUUUACAAGAUGCAAUUCAAGUUUCUGAUAAUGAAGAGCAAAAAAUGUCUCUCCUUAGGAAGAUUCUACCAAAAUAUCCUCCCCCUGUCAUUAUUUUUGCUAAUUAUCAGAGAACAUGUGAACAAUUACUUGAGUAUUUAUCAUCCCAUCAGUACAAAUGCGCAAUCAUACAUGGUAAUAGGUCACAAAGCCAGCGAGAAGAGGCCAUACAACAUAUGAAGAGCGGUGAAGCUAGUGUAUUGGUAGCAACGGAUGUGGCAGCAAGAGGAAUAGAUAUUCCAAAUGUUUCAUUGGUGAUUAACUAUCAAAUGUCUCGCUCAAUUUCAGAGUAUGUCCACAGAAUUGGAAGAACAGGCAGAGCAGGGAAGACAGGCACAGCUAUAACCUUCUGGAAUGCCGAUACCGAUGGUGACAUCCUAUACGAACUGAAAAAUAUGAUAGAGAAGAGUCCUAUAAGCUAUUGCCCUAAAGAUCUCAUGAAUUUAGACUAUGAAAUCACCAGAGGAAUGAAAAACAUCGAAAACUGA